GAUACGUGUUGUUUCUGUACACUAAUUGCACCAGCUUUCGAUUGGCCACGGUGUAUAUUGCAUAACAUAUCGCAGUACGAUAUUAAUGACAAAGUUGGACUCAAAAACGACAUUACGGUGCGUAGGAACGAACGGAACUGGAAUUCCCGCGGAAAAACCAAAAAAGAGAAGCAACGCAGGUGGACAAUGGCGGCAACGGAAGAAAGAAGAGGGGAGGUGGCUUUGCGUUAAUGUUAUAUAACUGCGAAUAGCGCGUGUGUAAAGAUCGAUAGCUAUAAAAGCAGCAAGAUGAAAGAUCCGAAGCACAGUGCAUCGUAAGUGCUUUUCAGUUCUUCACGAUGGCUGAGAAAACGCUCGGCUGUCUUAGGACUUUGCUCCUACUUUCCUUUGUUUCCGCCCUUCUGGCGGCGCCACCUCCAGAAACAACCACGGUAUCCUCCGAUGACGGACCUACUUUAUCGACCAAGCUGGAACCUCCGGCGGCAUCGGAAGAUGAGGAUUACAAGUACAUUGUUUACAUGAUAAAUCUGUCAGGAGUGAAGAAUGAAAGUGGUGAGACUGCGGAAGAAAUGUUUGACAAUCAACUCAUAGAAACAGUUCCGGAAAUAGCAGGACCAUGGUCAAUGGUGAUGUUGAUCGUCGAGAUCGACGAAAAGGGCAACGAAACGAAGGUUCCGAUGGACCUGAACGUCGCCGCGGACGAGUUAAAAAAACCCCGGGGCGUGAAGGUCCAGAAGCUCGAAAAAGAUGGCGAGACCAAAGCGCUGAAACUAAAAGUAACCAGCACCUCGGAUCUGAUGCCAAGAAAGGCAUCAGAGAAACUGAAGAAAAUUCGUAACAGGAGGAGUAGUUUUGGAGGACUCGGAGGUGGAUUUGGAGGAGGCGGCGGAGGAGGUGGUGGAUUUGGAGGCGGUGGUGGAUUCGGUGGAGGCGGUGGAUUAGGAAAGGGAUUCAAUAAAGGAUGCGGAGGUGGAGGAUGUGGAGGAGGUGGAUAUCCAGGUGGUGGCGGUGGAUAUCCAGGUGGUGGUGGCGGAUAUCCAGGUGGUGGUGGAUGUGGAGGAGGAGGAUGUGGAGGAGGUGGGUACCCCGGAGGCGGCGGUGGCUAUCCCGGAGGUGGUGGUGGCUACCCUGGAGGUGGUGGUGGCUACCCUGGAGGUGGUGGUGGCUACCCCGGAGGCGGUGGCUAUCCUGGAAAAGGUGGAUGUGGAGGAGGAGGAUGUGGAGGAGGUGGCUAUCCCGGAGGCGGCGGUGGCUAUCCUGGAGGUGGUGGUGGCUAUCCUCAUGGAGGAGGUAGCGGAGGUUGCACCACAUGUGGCGGUGGCGGUUCCGCAAAUUCGUACGCCCAAGCUUCAGCGAACGCUCAAUCAGGCAGCUGGGGCAAAUAAGCGAAAUGAAAUCGAAGAGGUUAGAAAAGCCAUCCAUUAUACGUACUGCCUUGAAAUGUUCGCCAGAAACCGACACCAACAAGUAAUCUCAUUAAUUUUGCUGCCCUGCAACGUUUGUCAUCUUGAUCAUCUGAUUUGUAUAACUAUGUACAUACAGAGAAUAAAACACGAAGUAUGAGAACGGUAAA